CUCCCAUCCCGCCUGCUCGGCGGCGGAGGCGGCGGCGGCGGCAGCGGUUGUUCCUGCCUCUCCGCCACCUCCACCGCGGCUUAUCCCCUGGCUGGCGGCGUUGGCGGGGCGGGGGACAGUAGUUGUAGACGCCCGCCCCUGCCUCAGAGAAGAUACCACACUGAAUGAACAAAGACUGAACCUUUACAGAUACCUUUUAUAAAAGAUGUCUGUGGAGUAGUGUUACAGUUCAAAUAACAAAGGAUUUUGCAUUAUGAGAUGAAUGAGAGUGGAGAAUUGGACAAAAAUUGAUUUUUAGUUUCUGAAUCAUGGUUUUUAGCUCACCAGUUAUUGUAUAGUCUCACUCUUUGAAAGUUCAUGCUGAAAAACUGAGUGAAUAUGAUCAGAUUUCUCCACCAAAUUCUCAGCCUGAUAAGGUACUUUAAGAGAGAACAAACCAGAAGACAUUCUAGAAUGCUUUUUUCACCAAUCGGAAGUAGUGGAAUGAAAUCCAAGCCUACACAGAAGAUACAGAACUCUGUUCCUUCAUCUUCCCUCAUACCUGAUACCUAAAAGUAGUUUUCAUCGUAUAACUGAAUUUCCAAUUUUCAGCAUUCCCAAUCCAUUUUAUAAACAUCCUUUUAUUGUUAAGUCUUACAGUACUCUCGCCAGAAAAUCCCAUUUUGUCAACCUAAUGAAGCAUUCAAAGAAGACAUAUGACUCUUUUCAAGAUGAACUUGAAGAUUAUAUUAAAGUACAGAAAGCCAGAGGCUUAGAGCCAAAGACUUGUUUCAGAAAGAUGAGAGGGGACUAUUUGGAAACCUGUGGGUACAAAGGAGAGGUUAAUUCCAGACCCACAUAUAGAAUGUUUGACCAGAGACUCCCAUCUGAAACCAUCCAGACCUACCCAAGAUCAUGCAAUAUUUCACAAACAGUAGAAAAUCCGUUGCCUCAGUGGUUACCAGCCCAUGACAGCAGAUUGAGACUAGACUCUCUGAGCUACUGUCAGUUCACCAGGGACUGUUUCUCAGAAAAACCAGUACCCCUGAACUUUAAUCAGCAAGAAUAUAUUUGUGGCUCACAUGGUGUAGAAUCUAGAGUUUACAAGCACUUCUCCUCAGAUAACAGUAUCAGUACUCAUCAAGCCAGUCACAGACAGAUAUAUCAGAAGAGGAAAAGGCGCCCAGAGGAAGGCAGAGAAAAAUCAGAGGAGGAGCGGUCCAAGCAUAAGAGAAAAAAAAGUUGUGAGGAAAUUGAUUUAGACAAACACAAGAGCAUCCAAAGAAAGAAGACAGAGAUGGAAAUAGAAACUGUACAUGUCAGUACAGAAAAGCUUAAGAAUCGAAAGGAGAAAAAAAGCCGAGAUGUAGUCUCUAAGAAAGAGGAACGUAAGCGUACAAAAAAGAAAAAGGAACAAGGCCAAGAAAGGACAGAGGAGGAAAUGCUUUGGGACCAGUCUAUUCUUGGAUUUUGAAGCUUUCAAAGUUGGUUCUUCCAAAGUUAAGUUGAAAAAAUAGGUGAGAGCUUGGUUUUAUGAUGUCCAACCACUUUUCUUAUGUGAAUAGGUUAACUUCUAACAAAGGCCAAGUGAACAGAAAGUGUUUAGCAUGCUUGCUCUCCAACACAGAAAUUACUUUUCUUCAUAUUCUAAAAGCAUUAUUACAUUUUUUUGACAUAUAGUGUAAUUUCCUUUAAUGAAAGUGACUCUGCUUUUAUUCAUCAAAUUGCUUUGAUGGUAGAAUUAUUUUCUCUUGGGAGGUUAUUUAUUUUAAAUUGGAGGAUUAAUGGACUUUGCACAAUCUGUUUCUUGAUUGGGUUUGUUACAGUUUUGAGUUGGGUAUUUUAUGUUCAUUGAUUUUUCUCUAUGAAGCAAUUUUUUUCUCCUGUAUUAGAUCUAACUUGCAGUGUAUUUUCUAGGCUGGAAAGUGGAAAAUGAAAUACAUUAUAAUCUUAGGUUACAUAAAGUUUCUAAAGUUUCAAAUAAUCUUGAUACAAAAUCAGUUUAUAUUCUGGAAAUAUUUAUAAUAAAGUAUUCUAAUUUCUA